GUUGGAGGCAGUGCGCGAGGGAAGUUUAAACCGCGGGCUGCACAAUGUUUCAAACAAGGCUUUGACGGAGUGGACUAUCAGUGGAGAUGUGUAGCUGACAUGCCUGCUGAAUUCGAAUUCGGCCAGGUCACAGUUACAUGCGAAGGUUACGAUUAUCCCGAGGAUCCUUAUAUUUUGAAAGGAAGCUGUGGGCUAGAAUAUGACUUGGAGUACGCUCAUUCUGCGAAAGGUCUAGGAAAAAGCAAGUCAAAGUGGUCGUCUUUGUCUUCUUUAUCUUCUUGGUCUUCGUGGUCUUCUUGGUUGACUACGGAGAACAUCGCCAAUUUUUGCGUUGCAGCCUUCAUAAUAUACGUUCUAUAUUCGAUGCUUUCUAAUUCUCGGGCUGGACCUCAGCCUCCUCGACACGGAGGUUUUGGCGGUGGGUUCGACGGUGGUCCAGGUUUUGGCGGUGGAUACCCAGGAAUGCAUCCUCCUCCAAGUGCUCCACCGAGCUAUGAUGACACUAUGGGUUUCAAAACAUCCGCUCCUACUGGCUCUGCUCCAGGCAGUAGCGGUCCUGGAUUUUGGACAGGUGCUGGUCUCGGAGCACUUGGUGGUUAUCUGUUUGGAAGGAACACUGGAGACUCUACAUCUGGCAUGUUUGGCACAAGUGGACGAUCUCAGCGUGGAAAUGAAAGAUUCAUGAGAGAUACUGGAUUCGAUGGUUAUGAUGCCGACCAGCCGAGCACGUCAGGGAUGAGGGAAAGCACGGGUUAUGGUGGCACCAGACGCCGUUAG